UCUCCACCCCAUUCCCUAUUCGUCCCACUCUUUACUAUCCCCCUUUCCCCCUCCUGUCUUUGCUGUUGUGAAACACUGUAAAAUCUACGCAUCUUACCCACAGACCAUUGAAGAGAUGGACACAAAUGCAAGUAGUGAGCCCAUGCAGGAGAUUCAGGGACCAAGCACACAAACUGUUGGUGGCACUAAACCUCUGCACCGCUUCCUCAGAGGAGAGCCAAGAACUGUUGGGAUUGUGCUGUUGUUCCUCGGCCUGUGUCUGUUCAUGUUCGGGAUUCCUCUGAAGGGAGAAACAAUGGAAACAUCAGCGGACCUCUAUAGUCCCUUUUGGCUAGGCAUCUUGUACUUUAUUUGUGGCGUUCUCUACAUACAGUCAGAACGCAACACCACAAAAAAGAUUGUCACAAUUAGUUUUGCGCUUUCUAUCAUCGCAAUACUGGGGACUGUAGUUGGUGCAAUUAUUUUCAUCAAAGUUUUAGCUACACACUCCUUUAAUUAUAUGAUGUAUGAAGGACCUUUCAACGACAGUGAAACAGAUGUGGCUAUGGAACGUUAUACGCAGCUCUACAGCUUGGAAGCCGUGUUCCUCUUCCACAGCUUGGUGGCAGGAGUGAUCCUCGUUGCUAUGUCUGUGUUUUCCCGUCUAGCACUGCGCUCAAGUCAUACCCAGAUGUUCGUGGUCAUGCGUUACCCACCUUCAGCAGAGUGAGGCCUUUUUAGAGACACCUUAGGUGAAUGGCAAACAUUAGUGUGUGAUAGCUUUAAUUAGAAUUCAUUCUAACAAAUACCUGUCCUCAAGAAAAUGUAAAUGAACAGGUUCUUUGUGGCAGAGUACACAGGAAACAAAGUGAAAGCCAUUUACUAAACAGCUAAUUAACUCCGCUAUUUAGGCCACACUGUACGAAUGCUAGAAAUAAUAACUGUGGAAAAAGUCUUGUGAGAAUGGAUUCUCUAUGUUCUAGCGUUUGGGAUGGAACAUACUUUUACCUUACCAUUGUUUUCCUUCAUUUAAAAAAAAUCAUUAUAACCUACACAAACACUGUAUUAAUUCACAUACUGUAUGGAAAUGUAUAUUGCCAAAUAAUCUUUUGAAUUAAGGGUUGUUUUACAAUCAGGGUACAAAGUUUGUGUCACAGGGGUCCAAAAUUCAAAUUAAUUCAAACUGGUUCUUGUACCAGUUUUUAAGUGAGGGACAAGUUAAAGAACAGAUUUCAGGUAAUUUUUUUGGCAUAUGUGUAUGGUAGUUUUGUGUAACCUGCUAUAAGAUGGGAGAAACAAAUGAAGUGAUUCUCGGAGAGGACAUUUUUUUGACAAUUCAGAAUCCACUACUUCCAUAGUGCUUUUAAAUACAAGGCUGUAAGCUUUGUGUUAGUUGUCUCUAAUAUUUAUGUCCCAAUAUCUUGACCACAUUUUAGGAUGAAAAUAAUCAUUUUAGAUAUGUUAUUUUAUAUUGAAAAAUUAGCUGUCUCGGAGAGGACAUUUUUUUUGACACAAUUACAUACUAAUUUGAUCAAAAUAGUCUGAAAACUUACUGGCAUUCAACAUUAAAACUUAACUAUGUUUCCAAUGAUAUAGAACCAAAUAUUUGUUUUAUGGUAUAAAGAAUGAUGUAAGUGCAUCCCUUUUGGAGCUACCUGUGGUCAAAAAAAGCACUUUUUCUAAAUGACAUGAGUAGUUUUGCUAAAUAUGACAUAUAUUGCCAUACAUUCACCAAAAAUAACGGUAUCACCAAUUUUUUUUUUUUUGCAUGGUAAAUAGAGCUAUCACAGGGCUACAAUAAACAACCAAGUUUAUUUAGUCAAGCCUUUUGAUAUUGAAGAUAAGUGUUAAAUGUGAUUUUUAGCUUGCAUACCCUGAUUGUAAAACAACCCUUAAGUCUUUUAUAUGAAAUAAACCUCACAAAACAAUGAUGUUUUGAUGUAAACAGCCACAGACUAUAAUAAAUGCAUUUUUAUAUAUAUUAAAUGUA